ACGACGCGGAGUUCGUUUGUACAACGGUAGACGAACGAGAUAUAUCCUCCCCGAUGCUUCAACCACCGUCUCCCCCCGCGGAGAUGGCAUCGCUUCGUUUGCCGGACUCGGAGGAGUUCGACGUGGACCCCCGCCGAAGGAGCAACAACGGAAAUGGGCCGGGCACGACGGGGUCGGCCGUCCCGCCGGCCACCGUCUCCACCCUCCUCCAGAUGAGGGAAGAGGCGGGCGAUUAUCUGAACAACCUGAUCGCCGAGGCGUUCGCCACUAGCCCCGGCAGGCCGCCCAUGGAGGCGGGGCACGGGGGGGGCCUGUUGAACGCGAGCAAAACGGCGAACCUGACCGCGGCUGACGCGCCGGUCAUACCUGUGGACAGAUUGUACAGGCACAGCAUGGCGAUGUCGGCUGUUUAUUGUGUCGCUUACGUUCUAGUAUUCGUGGUCGGUCUGAUCGGGAACAGUUUCGUGAUCGCCGUGGUGUACAGGUCCCCCCGGAUGAGGACCGUCACGAACUUCUUCAUCGUGAACCUCGCGGUGGCCGACGUCCUGGUCAUCGUGUUCUGCCUACCGGCCACACUGUUGAGCAACAUAUUCGUACCAUGGUUGCUGGGAUGGUUCAUGUGUAAAGCUGUCGCUUAUAUACAGGGCGUAUCCGUGGCGGCCUCUGUCUACAGCCUUGUUGCGGUUUCCCUGGACAGGUUCCUGGCAAUCUGGUGGCCCCUAAAGUGUCAGAUAACGAAGAGGAGGGCCCGAAUGAUAAUAGUGGUGAUCUGGUUCAUCGCCCUCACAACAACCUCCCCGUGGCUCCUCUUCUUCGACCUGGUCGCCAUUUACAAAGACGAUCCAGACCUGAGGCUCUGCCUAGAGGUGUGGCCACACCCGAAGGACGAAACCCUCUUCUUCCUGAUCGGCAAUCUGACGUUGUGCUACGUACUUCCCACGAUCCUCAUCUCCCUCUGCUACAUCCUGAUCUGGAUCAAAGUGUGGCGGAGGCACAUACCCUCGGACACGAAGGACGCCCAAAUGGAGAGGAUACAGCAGAAAUCGAAGGUGAAGGUGGUGAAAAUGUUGGUCGUGGUCGUCAUACUGUUCGUCCUCUCGUGGCUACCCCUCUACGUGAUCUUCACUGUGAUCAAGCUGGGCGACGAGCAAAGGGAGGACGAGAUCGUCCCCAUAGCGACGCCGAUCGCCCAGUGGCUGGGUGCGAGCAACUCGUGCAUCAAUCCGAUCCUGUACGCCUUCUUCAACAAAAAGUAUCGGCGGGGCUUCGUUGCAAUUCUGAAGAGCGGCCGCUGCUGCGGCAAGAUCAGGUACUACGAGACAGUGGCUAUGAUGUCCUCGUCCACGAGCAUGAGGAAGUCCUCGUACUACGUGAACAACAACAACAACAACAACAACAACUCGUCGACAAGAAGGACCUUCCACGGGCCCCCUGUCCACCAGGAGAGCAACGUCUCGUACAUAUUCAACCACACCGGCGUCUAAAAUCGUCUGAUCACGACACAGAUUUGAUGAGAUUUCAUGUUUAUUCCUGGAGGCUGG